UAUAGAUGUUGAAGUUUAGCGGUUUAGUAAUUUGGAGGUUAGGUUCUCGAACUUCUUUAAGAAAAUAUUCGGGUCCCAGUGUGACGGGGUUUAAAGCAGAAUUAUCAAGGAACGUUACAGAGAAAAAUGUAGAUACUAAUUCAGUGGAAACGAAAAAUGGUCCAAGUUUAGUCGCAGCAGCAUUUGCAUCUCUCAAUGCUCCAGAUGACGAGAAUAGAAAACCAAGUGUGAAGUCCAUGAAACAAAGUCGUACUCAGCAACUGGACAGUCAAAUAUUGAGGGCGACUGACAUUGAGACUCUCUUGUUAGCUGCUGAGAAUCCUGUUGUGUCUAGGAGACAUGCACUCAAGAUGGUGUCAGUUUUAUCUGAAUGGUCCAGCAGUAAUAAGGUGAAGAUAUCAGACUUUGAGAAGGAUCCAAGGUUUCUCAAGCUAUGUCGUAUAUUAGCCAGGACUCCAGCCAGCCAAGCGAUGAGUUCUCUGACAAUGGCUGAAGAUCUGAGCACUGUUCUCGGUAUAACUGGGGACGAUGAAGCGGCAAGGUUGAUCGCUAAUCUAUCACUGCCACAGAUGAUAAAGGUGAUGAAAGCUCUCCAAUCAAAAGGUAGACGAAGCACGCCGCUGUUGCGUGCUCUGUCUUACAACAUUACCAAACAAUCGGAAACAAUUGAUCUCAAGAAGGCCGCCGAUCUACUAUUCUCUAUGGCCUCUUUAAAUUUCCCCGAUCCAAUGUUGUUGGACAGACUAUGCAGUGACAUCAUAGAAAGUCUACCAGCGAACACGGAUAAGCCAGCCGUCGUCAACUCCAUAUUAGUUUCACUUGGAUUACUCAAAUAUAGACACGAAGCAGUUCUACUGGCCUUAACAGAAUGGAUACAGACCCAUAAGACAAUCUGUAGACCGAGUGACAUUGCUUCUGCGGUAGUGACGCUGGCCACUGUUGACUACUUACCGUCCCAAGUGGAACCACUGCUAGAGGCGGCGUUAUCAUUAGAAGAAGAUGAGAUGGUAAAGGCAUCCUCUUGGCUCGACCUCGUGUUCUCCUUUCUCAUACUGGACCGAGCGGAGCAGCGCCACCUUAUAUCCACGCUCAAGCCUGAGUUCAUAGAAAAGUUGCUGUCUGCUGGUGAAAUUCCAAUUCCAUCUCGACGCAAGUUAAUGGUGAUAGACGGGUACAUAGGGCUUAAAUUCCCACAGACGACCACUCGGCUAGCCGAAGAUAUAUCAGUAGGGGUGCCCAUAGUUUAUACAAAGGAAAAAGCGCUCUACAUUCAGAGCAUUAUGGACACCUUCAAGAGUUUGGUGUCGGCGGAAACGUUUUUUAGGAAGGAAUGUCAAUCAGGGAUGGGAUUUUUAUAUGAUGCCGAAUUCGCGGUUGAUUCGAAGUGUCAUCCAGUACCUUUAGAUAAAGCGGCUAGUAGGAAAGAUGUAUAUAGGAUAGCGGUAUUGGGUUUGGACUACCACGACUUCACAAGGAAGGAACUCGUCCCUCUCGGUAUCAACAAAUUGUACAGCCGCCUGUUACAGCUAAAAGGGUUAAGAGUUCUAGAGAUUCCAUACACGGAGUUCAGUCCUAAAGAAAAGUUGGUGACAAGGGUGCAGUACAUCGAGAAACGUCUAAAAGAGAUUAUUUCUACCAGCUAG